AUGUUAGGUUUGUGCGCGGGCUGCGCGAGUGGGGACUUAACAGUAGCCGAGCUUACGGAAGCGAGGUUGGCGUUUGUGAAACAGCAGAUCCUGAAGAAGCUAAGGCUCAGCAAGAAGCCGGUGGUUGGACUGCCGGUGAACAGCCUGCCGAUGCCGGUGGCCCAGGGUCAGACUCUCAACGAGGGCACGGAGAAACCACCAGAAUUCGACGACUAUUACGGCAGAACGGAACAAAAGAUCAUCUUUCCAGUGGAAGGAGGAUGCCUUACAUCCGGAAGGUACCCUUUCAAGUGCAUGCAGUUCGAGCUGCCACCAGACGUAGAGCCCGAGGAAGUCACCGUGGUGGAGCUCUGGUUCUACAAGGAGCGCGACCCUCUGGACGAGUACAACCAGACGUUCGUGAUCUCGGAGGCGGCCCACUGGGAUAGCCAGCAGCAGUUCAAGAAGACCAAGCCCAUCGCCAUCAAAGAGCCUAUUAAUGUCCCCACUGUUGGGGCACAGGCCUUCCCUAUGGAUGGAAUAGGGGGAUUGGGCCAUGACCCACCACGCGGGCCCAGUGCGGAUUGGUGGGUGCUAACAACUGCAGAUGCAGCCGGGACCAACGGCUCAACGUGUCUUCCGAAGCACGGAGGAAGCUCGAGAAAUUUUCUAUUGCCCCACCAGUUACGCCGGGCCCCCAUAUCGUUCCACAAGAAGCACCGUCCGUUCCUCGUGCUGUACACCAAGUACGCGGGCCGGAGACGACGAGGCCGCGCCGUGGACUGUGCUGCAUCCACGAGCGAGUGCUGCCGGGAGCAUCUGUUCGUCAGUUUUAAGGACCUAGGCUGGGAUGACUGGAUCAUCCGCCCGGCGGGCUACCACGCGUACUUCUGCAAGGGCACCUGCUCACCCAUCUCCGCCGUCACCACCGACAAUAGCUAUCACCACAAUAUCAUUAGAAAAUACUUCUACUCGGUGUCCAAUGAGAAGCGGGUUGAGUUCAAUCCAUGCUGUGCACCAACCACGUUCAGUUCGCUACAACUGUUGUACGUGGAUUCAAACAACACGGUCACGCAGAAGACUUUACCAAAUAUGGUAGUAGAGACUUGUGGUUGUAUGUGA